GUUCACUUUGAUCGUUGUAUCACUCUGGGGCUCCACAUCAACCUUUUUACCCCGCACCUCCCCGCCGCGACGCUUCGCUCGCUCCUCUCGCCGCUUCCAAAGUGCGUUAUACACUUCGCCCAGUUUACCGAUGAGCGGGAGAGCCCUUUUUUCAGAUUUUAUUUACUCUCAUCCAGCCUCUAAAUUAAUUCGUAUGUUUAUAAUAUUUGUAAAUACAUAUUUUAUCAUCAAGCGAACCGUCCAUUUGCUACUUCCUCGAUUUUUAUAUACGCUUUAUUAACAAUCGUCGCCCCGCCGAAUCUAGCUGGAGAUUUUUUAGCCUGCUCCCGAAAGACUUUUCUUGGUUCAAAUCUCUCGCGACGUCGACGAUCCGUGCGGUGAUUCUGUGCGCUCCUCGCCUCCUCCUCCUCCUUUGCCCAGUGGUUUGUUGUUGUAACCAAUAAAAUCGCAUUUCACGAAUAUACGAACUCGGCUUAUAAAUAAAAAAGACACGCGCGAUCCGGUGCCCGAGCAGCACAUGUGACGAGUGAUCUUCGGCAGGGAUUUUCUCAAGAACUGUGAAAGUGAUUUUGAAGAGAGCGCAACGGAGAUUCUUCGAGUGAACGAUGGAUUGUAAAAGCGGGAGAUUUCAAAGAGCCACUAUUUAUCUUCUGGCCCUCAUCGGCGGUGCAACUGGCGUGAGAAAUCUUGAAAUGAUUGUGCCAGCGAUGGUACGAUCCGGAGAUUCCGCCCGACUUUCUUGUCAUUACGUUCUUGAGGGUGCUCCAUUAUAUACUGUCCAGUGGUAUCUCGGAGAGCAGCAGUUUUAUCGCUACGUUCCAAAGAAGACACCUCCCCAGCUUAUCCAUCCGGUGCAGGGUAUCGAAAUUGAUGCGGUGCAUUCUAACAUGAACGAUGUGACACUCCGGAACGUGUCCAGGGAGGUGGCUGGCAUGUACAAGUGCGAAGUUACCGAAGAUGCGCCGUCUUACCACACGCUAACGCAAAAACAAGCGAUGCAAGUUGCAGAUAUCCCAGAAACGGAUCCGCUGAUCGAAAUCGAGAGACAAAGGUUGCCGAUCGGGGAAACCCUCCGGGCGAAUUGCACCUCAGGCACUUCUCAUCCGGCUCCGAACGUAACGUGGAGUAUAAACGGACAAAUAUUGAACGACACGACGAUGCAGUACAAAACUUGGACACGAAGAAUUGCUCAUGGAAAAAUGGAGUUCACUCGGUCAGGCCUGGAAUUGAAAGUCUUUAGUCGAAUGUUCCAAGACGCCCGAUUCCGACUCCGCUGUCGCGCCAGCAUCUCGGACAUUUACAGCGCAACAACCGAAAUCGAAGUGAACGAGGAUCGGCCUUUGAUCGCGUCGAUCACCGGCGACGCUUCGGCGCAUAGCCAUCGUUCGAGCGGUGUCGAGAGUGCCAUGACAACAGUGCUGGGUUCUCAGGGCCUCGUGAGAGCAAUAAUCACAAGUGGGAGCCUGAUCGUAUCGGCAGUAAAUUUGAGGUAGCUCGUUCUAAGUUGGUCAGGCUUUGAUAGAGCGAAUGUCUAAAAAAAAAAAGAGAGAAAAAAAGGAGAUCGAGGGAACGGAAGAGCCAGAUGUAGAGAGGAAGAAAAAAGAGGAAAGAGAACGAGCAGGAGGGGAGUGAAAAACCACAAACAUCCGAUCAACAUCGUCCAUGUAAACACCUAGUAGUCUAGGGCUUCCAGUUAUAUAUGUUAACUAUAUAUGACGUAGAUAGACGACGAAUAAUUUUUAACGAGAAAAUUCGCGUCAACGACUAGUAAUAAUAAUUAUUUAAAAGAAAAUGAAAAGCAGAGGGGAAUAAGAAAUAAAUAAAUCGUGAUACCGACGAUAAUGUACGGAUUAAAAAAUGUGCGAAAGCGAUAAAAAAAAAAAAAAAAAAAAAAAAACAAAGGGAAAAAGAACAACAACAAACUUAUAUACACACUUACUACAUACAUCUAACUUUAAACAUGUUACCUUUUGAUGUAAAUUGUUAAUAAAACCAGCGGUUACGUAUACAUUAUUGGGUUAUUAUAAAAAAUAGUUUUCGAUCGUGUGUUAGCAAGUAUGAGAACGAAAGAUCACGAAAAUAACGAGUUCUGCCACCUCGAGCUGUGACGAACAACAAUUGAUUUUCAAUAACGAUAAUAAAUUAUGAGAAAUUCAUUAUUCGUUUGCACUUUGAACGAUCGCGAUUCGUCAAUUAUUUUUUCAAGCUAGCUUCUUCGUGGUUUGCACUUUCGAGGAAAAACUCACGACGAACGUGAACGAGUUUUCGUCGUUUUUUUUUUCUUUUUUUUCUUUUUGGAAAAAAUCUUGUUUUGCUUGUGAACGUAAAAAAAUGUUUUUUCUUCGCCAUUUUUUUCCUUCCAUUUUAGAAUGUUUUUUGAGAAGAAGAUGGAGAAUUGUGUUCGUAGUGAAAAAAACUCGUUUCGUUCCUCUGGCUCGAGCUUUAUUGUGUGUAAGAAGCUGCGUGCGAACGGCAAACGAAAUACUCCAAAACGAAUUUCCUUCGAAAUGCGAUGAUUUUAAAGCAUUUUCAUGGGGAACUUCCCUUCAGUUGUUUCGUUAAUGGACAGAUAAAAAAUCUGGUUGAAAAUGAGAUUACGAAAAUUUAUUUUUGAGCUCCAGUUGUUACUGUGAAUGGUCUUGAAGAGGCAAGAAAAAAUUGCGUGCUUGUAAGUCGUCUUGAGAGAAUCGAUAUUUUUCGACAAAUUUUUUUCUCGAUCGAUACACCUCCCGAGUAGGCGUAUCGUACAAAUUUCAAUGUCGAAAUGCCAUUCGUCCUACCGGAGUCAAAGUUUAAACAAGGGACUGUCAGGAAUGAGUCAAAAAAACGAAAGUUUUGAAUUGAAAAAUGAUAGUCGUCG